UUUUGUUUUGCUAACCCAAAACACCGGGAUUUCAUCUCUGGCGUAAUCUUUUGCCGUUUCGAAUAAUCGCUCGUCAAUGUAGAACAUAUCUAGUCCACAAACGAAAAUCCUCCCCAAACCUUUUCACUGUUGGAGCGCGUGUAACAUUAUGUCCCAGCACUACAAGAACUUUCUCAGUCUUCUGGAGCGGUGGCCUGUUGACAAAAGCAAAGUGGGCCGCGAUUUAGGUCAAUAUUUGCGAGACCAGCUUACCGCCGUACUUGGUUCGUCCAACAUUGUUGCCGUAAAGGACGACCGGCUGCAGAAACAGUACCGCUCGUUGGAAAAUAUCGUGAACGACGUACACGCCAAUCAUUAUCCGCGCAGUUUAGUUUCGACCGCAACCGGACUUUCGGGCGAACAGUGCCGCGAAGUGCUAUCAACUGAGUUUCUACAGAUACUGCAGAAGAAACAUUAG